UUAGCCUCGACAGUCUCUCUCUCUCUCUCUCUCUCCCUCGCGCGCACAAACACACACACACACACACACGCACACACACAUGCAUUCUUACAUACACACACCGACACACACACACACACGCGCUCAGGCUGGACCCCACGCGCAAGAACCGCACGAGCGUCUCCGGGUGACAGCUAACCAUGGCUGAAGGAGGGGAAGGCGAGGAUGAAAUCCAGUUCCUGCGGACUGAUGAUGAGGUGGUCUUACAAUGUUCAGCUACGAUCCACAAGGAGCAACAGAAACUCUGUCUGGCUGCUGAAGGCUUCGGAAACAGACUGUGCUUCCUUGAGUCUAUCUCCAACUCCAAGAAUGUGCCGCCAGAUCUGUCCAUCUGCACCUUCGUGCUGGAACAGUCGCUGUCGGUCCGAGCGCUGCAGGAGAUGCUGGCCAGCUCUGAAGACAAGGCCGAGGGGCAUGUAGAUGUGGAAAUAUGGACGGCGCAGGGCGGCGGGCAUCGCACCCUGCUGUACGGACACGCCGUCCUGCUGCGACACUCGUACAGCGGAAUGUACCUGUGCUGUCUGUCCACAUCCCGCUCAUCCACGGACAAAUUGGCUUUUGAUGUGGGACUGCAGGAGGAUACCACAGGCGAGGCGUGCUGGUGGACCAUCCAUCCAGCAUCAAAGCAGCGUUCAGAGGGAGAGAAGGUUAGAGUGGGAGAUGAUCUCAUCCUGGUCAGCGUCUCAUCUGAGAGAUAUCUGCAUCUGUCCUACGGUAACGGCAGCCUGCACGUGGAUGCAGCCUUCCAGCAGACUCUGUGGAGCGUGGCUCCCAUCUGUUCUGGCAGCGAAGUAGCACAAGGCUUCCUGAUAGGAGGGGACGUCCUGCGCCUCCUUCACGGUCACAUGGACGAGUGUCUGACUGUUCCAUCUGGCGAGCAUGGGGACGAGCAGAGGAGGACUGUGCACUAUGAGGGAGGCGCCGUGUCCAGCCAUGCUAGGUCCCUGUGGAGGCUGGAGACACUGCGGGUUGUGUGGAGCGGGAGCCACAUCCGCUGGGGCCAGCCCUUCAGACUGAGACAUGUCACUACGGGGAAGUAUCUGAGCCUGAUAGAGGACAAAUCCCUGCAGCUGAUGGAUAAAGAGAGAGCGGAUGUCAAGUCUACAGCCUUCUGCUUCAGAUCUUCCAAGGAAAAGCUGGACCCUGGGGUGAAGAAGGAGGUGGAUGGGAUGGGGGUUCCUGACAUUAAAUAUGGCGACUCCGUGUGCUACAUCCAACAUGUUGACACCUGCCUAUGGCUCACAUACCAGACUGUGGAUGCCAAGUGUGCACGAAUGAGUGGAGUGCAGAGAAAGGCCAUCAUGCAUCACGAGGGUCACAUGGAUGACGGGCUCACUCUGUCUCGGUCACAACACGAGGAGAGUCGCACUGCUAGAGUCAUACGCAGCACCGUCUUUCUGUUUAAUCUCUUCAUCAGGGGCUUGGACGCGCUGAGGAAAAAGGGGAAGAGCUCCACCUUGGAGCUACCGAUAGAUUCGGUCAGCUUGAGUCUGCAGGAUCUGAUUGGCUACUUCCAGCCACCUGGAGAGCACCUGGAACAUGAAGACAAGCAGAACAGACUCAGAGCCCUGAAGAACCGACAGAACCUGUUCCAGGAGGAGGGGAUGAUAAGCCUGGUGCUGGAGUGUAUUGAUCGGCUGCAUGUCUACAGCAGUGCAGCACAUUUUGCUGAAGCAGUAGGAAGGGAAGUAGGAGACGCCUGGAGCUCCAUCCUCAACUCCCUCUAUCAGCUGCUGGCUGCACUCAUCAGAGGAAACAGGAAGAACUGUGCCCAGUUUUCUGGUUCGCUGGACUGGCUGAUUAGCAGACUGGAGCGACUGGAGGCCUCCUCUGGUAUUCUAGAGGUCCUUCACUGUGUGCUGGUGGAGAGUCCUGAGGCGCUGAACAUAAUCAAAGAGGGACACAUCAAGUCUAUUAUUUCCCUGCUGGACAAACACGGACGCAACCACAAGGUUCUCGAUGUGUUGUGUUCGCUCUGUGUGUGCCAUGGCGUCGCUGUGCGCUCCAACCAGCACCUCAUCUGUGACAACCUGCUGCCCGGGAGAGAUCUGCUACUGCAGACCCGCUUGGUCAACCACGUGAGCAGCAUGCGUCCCAACAUCUUCCUUGGUGUCAGUGAUGGCUCUGCUCAGUACAGGAAGUGGUACUACGAGCUGAUCGUGGAUCAGGUGUUGCCAUUUGUCACAGCAGAGGCUACUCACCUCCGGGUGGGCUGGGCCAACACCAGCGGCUACGCCCCCUACCCCAGUGGGGGUGAGGGGUGGGGAGGCAACGGGGUGGGAGAUGACCUCUACUCCUAUGGCUUUGAUGGACUCCACCUGUGGUCGGGUUGCAUUGCACGGACAGUUAGCUCCCCAAACCAGCACCUCCUGAGGGCAGAGGACGUGGUCAGCUGCUGCCUGGACCUCAGCGUUCCCAGCAUCUCGUUCAGGAUCAACGGACAGCCAGUGCAGGGCAUGUUCGAGAACUUCAACUCCGAGGGCCUCUUCUUUCCCGUCGCCAGCUUUUCUGCCGGAGUCAAGGUGCGCUUCCUACUCGGGGGUCGUCAUGGAGAGUUUAAGUUCCUUCCUCCUCCAGGUUAUGCUCCUUGUUACGAGGCAGUGUUGCCAAGGGAGAAACUGAAGCUGGAGGCCUGUCAGGACCAGACAGCAUCCAGAGACCUGCUGGGACCCACUGUCACCUUGAGCCAGGCAGCAUUUACACCCACACCUGUGGACACCAGCCAGAUUGUGCUGCCUCCUCACUUAGAGAGGAUCAGGGAGAAACUCGCAGAAAACAUCCAUGAACUGUGGGUGAUGAACAAGAUAGAACUGGGCUGGACUUACGGAGCUGUUCGAGACGACAACAAGCGGCAGCACCCCUGUUUGGUGGAGUUCUCCAAGCUUCCUGAGCAGGAGCGGAGCUACAACCUGCAGAUGUCUAUGGAGACUCUCAAAACCCUCCUGGCUUUAGGUUGCCAUGUUGGGCUAGCAGAUGAACAUGCUGUAGAGAAAGUGAAGAGCAUGAAACUGUCACCAACCUAUGAGUUAUCCAGUGGCUAUAAGCCUGCUCCCCUGGACCUGAGCCACAUCAAACUCACCCCCACACAGGAAGCCAUGGUGGACAAACUGGCUGAGAACGCACACAAUGUCUGGGCUAGAGACCGCAUCCGUCAAGGCUGGACCUACGGCAUCCAGCAGGAUGUGAAGAAUCGUAGAAAUCCACGCCUUGUCCCAUACAUUCUUCUGGAUGAGAGAACUAAAAAGUCCAACAAAGACAGUCUGAGAGAGGCCGUGAGGACUCUGCUGGGAUAUGGAUACAACCUGGAAGCUCCUGACCAGGAUCAUGCAGCACAGUCUGAUAUCAGCAACAUGUCUGCUGAGAGAUUCCGCAUUUUCAGAGCAGAGAAAACCUACUGUGUCAAUUCUGGGAAAUGGUACUUUGAGCUGGAGGUACUGACAGCAGGCGAGAUGAGGGUCGGCUGGGCCAGGCCAGGAUGCCUCCCAGACCAGGAGCUGGGUUCUGAUGACCAGGCGUUUGUGUUUGAUGGUUUCAAGGUACAACGGUGGCAUCAGGGCAACGAGCACUUUGGUCGAGCUUGGCAGACGGGGGACGUGGUGGGCUGCAUGGUCGAUCUCAAUGAACACACCAUGAUGUUUACACUCAAUGGGGAGGUGCUGCUGGAUGAUUCUGGCUCCGAACUGGCCUUCAAGGACUUUGAAGUUGGCGAAGGUUUUAUUCCUGUGUGCAGUUUAGGCGUGUGCCAGGUGGGCCGGAUGAACUUUGGUAAAGACGUCAGCACACUCAAGUUCUUCACCAUCUGUGGCCUGCAGGAAGGCUACGAGCCGUUUGCUGUCAACAUGAACCGAGACAUCACCAUGUGGCUCAGCAAAAGACUGCCUCAGUUUGUACCCGUCCCCCCCAGCCACCAGCACAUUCAGGUGACAAGAAUAGACGGGACCGUUGAGUCCUGUCCCUGCCUAAAGGUCACCCAGAGGUCAUUUGGCUCCCAGAACAGUUCUACGGACCUUGCCUUUUACAGACUGAGCAUGCCCAUAGAGUGUGCAGAAUCUUUUUCCAGAUCCCAGCAUAACGGCAGUCUCUUUUCUCCAAAGAGGGAGCUAGAGGACUUUGAAACUGUGUCAGACUUCGAGGUUCUGAUGAAGACGUCUCAUGGGCACAAUGGUCCCAGUGGACCCGAGAGAGACGAAUUCAAUAACCACAAAGAUUAUAACCAGGAGAAGCCAUCUAAGCUCAAACAGAGGUUCUUGUUGAAGAGAAACAAGCCCGACAACAGCUGUCCCUCGUCGGCUCGACUGUCAGAGGAAGUGAUGGCUGACGACAGAGAUGACUACGAAGUUCUCCUGCAAGCGUCUACUCACUACUACUCAGUGAGGAUCUUCCCUGGACAGGAGCCCAGCAGUGUGUGGGUGGGCUGGGUUACCUCUGACUUCCAUCAGUAUGACCCAGGCUUUGAGCUGCACAAGGUCCGAACUGUCACUGUUACUCUGGGAGACGAGAAGGGCAAAGUUCAUGAGAGUAUAAAGCGCAGCAACUGCUACAUGGUGUGGGCCGGAGAAAGCAGCAGUCCAGGGCAGGGCAGGAACAGCAACGGCUUAGAGAUCGGGUGUCUGGUAGACACAACCAACGGUCUGCUGACCUUCACUGCCAAUGGGAAAGAACUCAGCACCUAUUACCAGGUGGAGCCCAGCACCAAGUUGUUCCCGGCAGUUUUUGCCAAAGCCACCAGCCCUAAUGUCUUUCAAUUUGAACUGGGGAGAAUAAAGAAUGUGAUGCCUCUCUCAGCUGGAUUGUUUAAGAGUGAGAAGAAGAACCUGGUGCCUCAGUGCCCUCCACGGCUUCACGUCCAAUUUCUCACACCUGUUCUCUGGAGUCGGGCUCCCGAUCACUUUCUCAGGAUAUUAGCAUCAAGAGUCAAUGACAGACAUGGCUGGCUGCUCCAGUGUAAUGAACCUCUGCAGUUCAUGUCUCUGCACAUACCUGAGGAGAACAGGUCUGUGGAUGUCCUGGAGCUUUCAGAGCAGAAGGACCUAUUAAAGUUUCACUACCAUACCCUCAGACUGUACUCUGCAAUCUGUGCUCUGGGAAACAACCGCGUGGCACAUGCCCUCUGCUCCCACGUAGAUGAGGCCCAGCUUCUGCAAGCUAUUGACAAUAAAUACAUGCCAGGUUUGCUACGUGUGGGCUAUUAUGACCUCCUCAUUGACAUCCACCUCAGCAGCUACGCCACAGCUCGCCUCAUGAUGAACAACGAGUACAUCGUCCCCAUGACGGACGAGACAAAGAGCAUCACCCUCUUUCCAGAUGAGAAGAAGAAACAUGGCCUGCCGGGCAUUGGCCUCAGCACCUCCCUGAGGCCCAGGAUGCACUUCUCCUCUCCAAGUUUUGUUUGUGGGACCAGAUCCUCAUAUCGUAACAACGGCAGCAACGGCUCAGGAUCAGGAGACUGUUUCCAGUACAGCCCUGAGUUCCCCCUGGAUAUACUGAAAAUAAAAACCAUCGAGAUGCUGACGGAGGCAGUGCGGGAGGGAAGCAUGCACGUGCGGGAUCCUAUAGGAGGCAGCACAGAGUUUCUUUUUGUCCCCCUCAUCAAGCUCCUGUACACUAUGCUCAUCAUGGGCGUCUUCCAGAACGGAGAUCUGAAGAACAUCCUCCGACUGAUCGAGCCGUCGGUGUUCUCUGAAAGGGAAGAUGGGCAGGAGAGUCACGCGGAGCUGGAGCUGAUGAAGGAGGUGAAGACCGAGGGAGGCGUUGAUGGAGGGAGGAACAUGCCAAAUGAAGGACUGUUACAGAUGAAGCUGCCAGAGCCUGUCAAACUCCAGAUGUGCCAUGUUCUGCAGUACCUGUGUGACUGUCAGGUGCGCCAUCGUAUCGAGGCAGUGGUGGCCUUCUCUGACGACUUUGUGGCCUGUCUUCAAGAAAACCAAAGGUUCCGCUACAACGAGGUGAUGCUGGCGCUCAACAUGUCGGCUGCGCUCACUGCCAAGAAGACCAAAGAGUUCAGAUCACCUCCCCAAGAACAGAUCAAUAUGCUGCUGAACUUCAAGGAUGAGAAGCAGGAGUGUCCCUGUCCCGACUACAUCCGAGAGCAGCUGCUCGACUUCCAUGAAGAUCUGAUGAGGCACUGUGGUAUAGAGUUGGACGAGGAGAGAGGGAUAGACGGCGAUAGUGACUUCACCAUUCGAGGUCGACUCAUGUCACUGGUGGAAAAAGUUGCCUACCUGAAGAAAAAGAUGGGCAACCUGCCGAGCGAGAAAAAAGACGGGAAGCCCAGCACGUUGCAGCAGCUGAUCUCUGAUACCAUGGUCCGCUGGGCCCAGGAGUCAGUCAUCGAGGACCCAGAGCUGGUCAGAGCCAUGUUCGUCCUGCUGCACCGCCAGUAUGACGGUAUUGGAGGCCAGGUGCGAGCUCUUCCUAAGACCUACACCAUAAACUCCGUAUCAGUGGAGGAUACGAUCAACUUGUUGGCUGCUCUUGGUCAGAUCAGGUCCCUGCUGAGUGUCCGAAUGGGAAGAGAGGAGGAGAAACUAAUGAUCAGAGGGCUGGGCGACAUUAUGAACAACAAGGUGUUUUACCAGCAUCCCAACCUCAUGAGAGCUCUGGGGAUGCACGAGACCGUCAUGGAGGUCAUGGUCAAUGUUCUCAGCGGAGGAGAUUCAAAGGAAAUAACCUUUCCUAAAAUGGUGGCCAACUGUUGUCGCUUUCUCUGCUAUUUCUGUCGAAUCAGUCGACAGAACCAGAAAGCCAUGUUUGACCAUCUCAGCUACCUGCUGGAGAACAGCAGUGUUGGCCUUGCGUCUCCAUCCAUGCGGGGCUCAACUCCUCUUGAUGUGGCCGCAGCAUCAGUCAUGGAUAAUAAUGAGCUGGCUCUGGCUUUAAGAGAGCCAGACCUGGAGAAGGUGGUGCAGUACCUUGCCGGCUGCGGGCUGCAGAGCUGCGUGAUGCUGGUGCGUAAAGGGUACCCUGACAUCGGCUGGAACCCGGUCGAGGGCGAGCGCUACCUUGACUUCCUGCGCUUCGCUGUCUUCUGCAACGGCGAAAGCGUGGAGGAGAACGCCAACGUUGUGGUGAGGCUGCUGAUCCGCCGGCCGGAAUGCUUUGGCCCAGCCCUCCGAGGGGAAGGUGGCGAUGGGCUGUUGGCAGCGAUGGAGGAAGCUAUUAAGAUUUCUCAAGACUCCUCCAGGGAUGGACCCUCUCCUACAUCUGAGAGCAGCAAGACGCUUGACAUGAUAGAAGAGGAUGAAGAUGACACCAUCCACAUGGGAAAUGCCAUCAUGACCUUCUAUGCUGCUCUUAUUGACCUGCUGGGUCGCUGUGCUCCUGAGAUGCAUUUGAUUCAUGCAGGUAAAGGCGAGGCGAUCCGCAUCAGGGCCAUUCUACGGUCUCUCAUCCCGAUUGAGGACCUGGUCGGAGUCAUCAGCAUUCCCUUCUCCAUGCCCAGUUUGGGAAAAGAUGGGAUGGUGGUGGAGCCAGACAUGUCAGCCGGCUUCUGUCCGGACCACAAAGCGGCCAUGGUGCUGUUCCUGGACCGUGUCUAUGGCAUAGAGGACCAGAAUUUCCUGCUCCAUCUGCUUGAAGUCGGAUUUUUACCCGACCUGAGAGCGGCUGCCUCUCUGGACACUGCUGCUCUCAGUGCCACGGACAUGGCGCUGGCCCUUAACAGGUACCUGUGCACAGCCGUGUUGCCUCUUCUCACUAAAUGCGCUUCGCUGUUUGCGGGGACGGAGCCCUUUGCCUCCCUCAUCGACUCGCUUCUCCACACGGUUUACCGCCUGUCCAAAGGCUGCUGCCUCACCAAGGCCCAAAGGGAUGCCAUAGAAGAGUGUCUGCUGGCUGUUUGUGGUACGCUGAGGCCAUCAAUGAUGCAGCAUCUGCUGAGGAGACUGGUGUUUGACGUCCCGCUGCUUAAUGAACACACCAAAAUGCCUCUGAAGCUAUUGACCAACCACUUUGAGCGUUGCUGGAAAUAUUACUGCCUGGCUGGAGGCUGGGGAAACUUUGGAGCCGCAUCGGAUGAAGAACUGCACCUUUCCAGGAAAUUGUUUUGGGGGAUAUUCGACGCACUCUCACGCAAGCGCUACGACCAGGAGCUCUUUAAGCUGGCAUUGCCAUGUCUCAGUGCUGUGGCUGGAGCUCUUCCUCCAGACUACAUGGAGUCUAACUACAUGGCCAUGAUGGAGAAGCAGUCUUCCAUGGACUCAGAGGGAAACUUCACUCCACAGCCUGCAGACACCUCCAGCGUGACUGUUCCUGAGAAGCUGGACUAUUUCGUAACCAGAUAUGCAGAACACAACCAUGAGAAAUGGUGCAUUGAAAGGUUUUCCAGCGGCUGGUCAUAUGGAGACCAGAUAUGUGAGAUCAGCAAGAGCCACCCUUUACUGAAACCAUACAAAGGCCUCUCUGAAAAGGAUAAGGAGCUGUACUGCUGGUCUGUCAGGGAGUCUCUGAAGACCAUGCUGUCAUGGGGCUGGAGCAUUGAAAGGAUCAGAGACGGAGACCCCACCAGCCUCCAUAACAAGUCUAGGAGGAUAUCACAAGCGAGCCAGCUGUCUUUUGAGGGAGCUCCAGCUUUCAGUCCUAGACCCAUUGAUAUGAGCAAUGUUACACUGUCCAGAGACAUGCAGGUAGAGGCUGAGCUUACACAGGACUGUCUAAAAGUAAAUGCUAAGGAGUUAGAUGAAUGUGGCAUGAUCAACAUUGUGUUUUUACAGUCUAUGGCAGAGCUGCUUGCAGAGAAUUACCAUAAUAUCUGGGCCAGGAAAAAGAAAGUAGAGCUUGAAGCCAAAGGUGGAGGAAACCACCCUCUCCUGGUUCCUUAUGAUACACUGACCGCCAAAGAGAAAUCCAACGACAGGGAGAAAGCACAAGACAUCUUGAAGUUCCUUCAGAUCAAUGGCUACACUGUGUCCAGAGGUGUAAAGUCACAGGAGCUGGACACUCCAGCCAUAGAGAAGCGAUUUGCCUACACCUUCCUCCAGCAGCUCAUCACAUAUGUAGACCAGGCUCACCAACACAUGAUGGAGUUUGAUGUUGGAGUGAGACCAAAGGGGGAGAAGAUUCCGCAUGAACAGCAAAUUAAGUUUUUCGGAAAGGUGGUCCUGCCAUUAGUGGAUCAGUACUUCAAAAACCACAGGCUUUACUUCCUGUCCACAGCCAUCCAUCCAAUCAGCAGCGGCGGCCACGCCUCCAAUAAGGAGAAAGAGAUGGUGACUAGUCUCUUCUGCAAACUGGGAGUUCUUGUCAGAUAUAGGAUAUCCUUAUUUGGUAACAAUGCCACGUCUAUAGUCAACUGUCUGCAGAUACUUGGCCAAAGUCUUGAUGCCAGAACAGUGAUGAAGACUGGUCUGGAGUCGGUGAAGGCGGCGCUGCGGUCGUACUUUGACAACGCAGCAGAGGAUCUGGAGAAGACGCAGGAGAACCUGAAGCUGGGCCAGUUCACGCACAGCAGGGAGCAGCCACGAGGCGUCACUCAGAUCAUCAACUACACCACCUUCGCCCUGCUGCCCGUGCUCUCGUCCCUCUUUGAACACAUUGGCCAGAACAUGUUUGGAGAAGACCUUAUAUUGGACGACGUCCAGGUUUCUUGCUACAGAAUCCUCAACAGCCUCUAUCUUUUGGGCACCAAUAAAAGUAUCUAUGUAGAAAGGCAGCGUCCAGCAUUAGGAGAGUGUCUCGCUGCCUUCUCUGCAGCCUUCCCUGUAGCCUUUCUGGAGCCUCACAUCAAUAAGUUCAACAGCUUCUCUAUCUACAACAGCAAAGGCCCCAAAGACAAAGCAGCUCUAGGUCUUCCAGGGCAGGUGGAGGAGAUUUGUCCUCUGAUCCCAAUCUUGGAUAAGUCUCUGGAGGAGAUCAUGGAGCUGGCAGAGUCUGGCAUGAGAUACACUCAGAUGCCGCAUGUCAUGGAGGUGGUGUUGCCCAUGUUAUGCAGCUAUAUGUCCCACUGGUGGGAACAUGGACCAGAGGGCAACAUGGACAGAGCUGACCACUGCUGCACCUCUGUCACCUCUGAACACAUGAACACUCUGCUUGGAAACAUACUCAAGAUCAUCUACAACAACCUGGGAAUAGACGAGGGAGCCUGGAUGAAGAGGCUGGCCGUGUUCUCCCAGCCGAUCAUCAGCAAGGCCAAACCCCAGCUGCUCAAGACCCAUUUCCUACCUCUGAUGGAGAAGCUGAAGAAGAAAGCAGCAGUCGUGUUGAUGGAUGAGGAGCACAGCAAGGCAGAGGGGAGGGGCGAGAUGUCCGAGACGGAGCUUCUCAUCAUGGACCAGUUCACCAUACUAGUCCGCGACCUGUACGCCUUCUACCCCCUCCUUAUCCGAUUUGUUGACUACAACAGGGCCAAAUGGCUCAAAGAGUCCAACCCAGAGGCUGAGGAACUGUUCCGCAUGGUGGCCGAGGUUUUCAUCUUCUGGGCCAAGUCUCAUAAUUUCAAGAGAGAAGAGCAGAAUUUUGUGGUCCAGAAUGAAAUCAACAACAUGUCCUUCCUCAUCACAGACACAAAGUGUAAGAUGUCAAAGGGAAUAGUUUCAGACCAGGAGAGGAAGAAGAUGAAGAGGAAGGGCGAUCGAUACUCGAUGCAGACGAGCCUCAUCGUUGCCACUCUGAAGCGUCUGCUGCCAGUUGGACUCAACAUCUGUGCCCCCGGAGAACAAGAGCUCAUCACUCUGGCGAAGAACCGCUUCACGCAGAAAGACACAGAGGAUGAAGUUCGAGAGACCAUCAGAAACAAUCUCCAUUUACAUGGGAAGCUGGAGGACCCAGCAAUUCGCUGGCAGAUGGCGCUGUACAGGGACCUACCCAACCACUACGAGGACACCUCUGACCCUGAGAAGACUGUGGAGAGAGUCCUGGACAUUUCCCAUGUCCUCUUCCACCUAGACCAGGUGGAGCAUCCUCAGCGCAGCAAGAAAGCCGUGUGGCACAAGCUGCUGUCCAAGCAGAGGAAGAGAGCAGUGGUGGCCUGCUUCAGGAUGGCACCGCUCUAUAACCUGCCCAGGCACCGGGCCGUCAACUUGUUCCUGCAGGGCUACGAGAAGUCUUGGAUAGAGGCAGAGGAGCACUACUUUGAAGACAAACUGAUAGAGGACCUUGCAAAAUCAGGUGAACAGGAGCCUUGUGAGGAAGAGGAAGGAGUAAAACACAUCGACCCCCUGCACCAGCUCAUUCAGCUGUUCAGCAGAACAGCGCUCACAGAGAAGUGUAAACUGGAUGAGGAUAAUCUCUACAUGGCCUAUGCUGACAUCAUGGCUAAGAGCUGCCACGAUGAAGAGGAUGAUGACGGGGAAGAGGUUAAAAGCUUUGAAGAGAAGGAGAUGGAGAAGCAGAAGCUGCUGUAUCAGCAGGCGCGACUGCACGACCGAGGAGCUGCCGAGAUGGUGCUUCAGACCAUCAGUGCUAGCAAAGGAGAGAUGGGUCUCAUGGUGGCCUCCACGCUGAAGCUGGGCAUAGCUAUUCUAAACGGAGGCAACUCCACUGUACAGCAGAAAAUGUUGGAUUAUCUGAAGGACAAGAAGGAUGUGGGCUUUUUUCAGAGUCUAGCUGGUCUGAUGCAGUCAUGCAGCGUUCUGGAUCUGAAUGCUUUUGAGAGGCAGAACAAAGCGGAAGGACUGGGGAUGGUGACUGAGGAGGGGUCAGUCAUCACUCAUGAGCGUGGUGAGAAGGUCAUGCAGGAUGACGAGUUCACCUGUGACCUUUUCCGCUUCCUGCAGCUGCUCUGUGAGGGACACAACUCAGACUUUCAGAACUACUUGAGGACUCAAACGGGGAACAAUACGACUGUGAACAUCAUUAUCUCCACUGUGGACUAUCUCCUCAGAGUCCAGGAAUCAAUUAGUGACUUCUACUGGUAUUAUUCUGGCAAAGAUGUUAUUGAUGAACAGGGCCAGAGGAAUUUCUCCAAGGCAAUAAAUGUGGCCAAACAAGUUUUUAAUACACUCACCGAAUACAUCCAGGGCCCGUGCACCGGCAACCAGCAGAGUCUGGCCCAUAGUCGUCUGUGGGACGCCGUGGUGGGUUUCCUCCAUGUCUUCGCUCAUAUGCAGAUGAAACUGUCGCAGGACUCCAGUCAGAUCGACUUACUGAAGGAGCUGAUGGAUCUGCAGAAAGACAUGGUGGUCAUGCUGCUGUCCAUGCUGGAGGGUAAUGUGGUGAAUGGGACCAUUGGGAAGCAGAUGGUGGACAUGUUGGUGGAGUCGUCCAACAACGUGGAGAUGAUCCUCAAGUUUUUCGACAUGUUUCUCAAACUCAAGGACCUCACCUCCUCAGACGCCUUCAAGGAGUAUGACCCCGACGGGAAAGGUGUCAUCUCCAAGCGGGACUUCCACAAGGCCAUGGAGAGCCACAAGCACUACACCCAGUCUGAGACCGAGUUCCUCCUCUCCUGCGCCGAGACGGAUGAGAAUGAACUCUUGGACUAUGAAGAAUUUGUAGAGCGCUUUCAUGAGCCGGCCAAGGACAUUGGCUUCAACGUGGCGGUUCUGCUCACCAACCUGUCGGAGCACAUGCCCCACGACACGCGGCUGCAGACCUUCCUGGAGCUGGCCGAGAGCGUGCUCAACUACUUCCAGCCGUACCUGGGCCGGAUCGAGAUCAUGGGCAGCGCCAAGCGCAUCGAGAGGGUCUACUUUGAGAUCAGCGAGUCCAGCCGGACGCAGUGGGAGAAGCCGCAGGUCAAAGAGUCCAAGCGCCAGUUCAUCUUCGACGUGGUGAACGAGGGAGGCGAGAAGGAGAAGAUGGAGCUGUUCGUCAACUUCUGCGAGGACACCAUCUUCGAGAUGCAGCUGGCGGCGCAGAUGUCCGACGCCGGCGAGCGCUCGGCCGUGAAGGAGGAGAGCGAGCGGGAGAAGCCGGAGGAAGAGACCCCCGAGAUGGGCUUCUUCUCCGUCACCACCGUCUGCAUGGCGCUGGUGGCGCUGAGAUACAACGUCAUGCUGCUCAUUAAGGUUCUCUCCACGAAAAGCUUGAAGAAGCAGAUGAAGAAGCUGAAGAACAUGACAGUGAAGGACAUGGUGACCACGCUGGUGUCCUUCUACUGGUCAGUGCUGCUGAGCCUCCUGCAUGUUGCCUUCAGCGUGUCUCGGGGCUUCUGCCGGAUCUUCUACAACACGUUCAUGGGAGGCAAUCUGGUAGAAGGAGCCAAGACCAUAAAGGUGUCAGAGUUGCUGGCCAACAUGCCGGAUCCCACCCAGGAUGAGGUGCGUGGCGAAGGGGACGACAGAGACAAGAGGCCCGAGCACAGCUCCCCCAAGGAGGACCUGGCCGACCUGGCUGUCAACACCAGCGACACCGAGCUCCUGUCGGACAUUUUUGGCCUGGACCUGAGAAGGGAGGGCGGCCAGUACAAGAUCACCCCUCACAACCCCAACGCCAGCCUCACCGAGCUGCUCAACUCCCCAGUUCCCUCCCCAACGACCACAGGAGCCCCCACUGAGCUCAGACAGAGACAUCAGUCAAAGACGUCUUCCUCAGAGGCAAAGGAGGCAACACCAGAGGCUGAAUGUGAGCCAGACAAAACAUCAGAGGGGCACAUAGAGAAACAGGAGAAACCGCAGAAGCCUGAGAAGGUAAAGCCCAAAGUGAGAAAGCACCGCACCUCAAAGUCUGAUGAGCCGGACCUGCAGGAGUCUGCGUUCCUGAAGAAGAUCAUCGCAUACCAGAGGAAGCUGCUGAACUACUUUGCCAGGAACUUCUACAACAUGAGAAUGCUGGCGCUGUUUGUCGCCUUUGCCAUCAACUUCAUCCUCCUCUUCUACAAGGUUUCCACGUCCUCGUCCGUGGUGGAGGAGAAGAAGGUGGUGCAUCCCAGCAGCCAGGCGGGCGGCAGCGUGCAGUGGGACGCGCUGAGCGGAGAAGCGCUGGAGGCGAAGGGGGGGGGCGCGGACGCGGCGGCGCAGCCCCCGAAGCCCGUGAUGGUUCGCUUUGUGCUGGAGGAGAGCAGCGGGUACAUGGAACCCAUGCUGCGCAUCCUGGCCAUCCUGCACACGGUCAUCUCCUUCUUCUGCAUCAUCGGCUACUACUGUCUGAAGGUGCCGCUGGUGAUUUUCAAGCGUGAGAAGGAGGUGGCCCGGAAGCUGGAGUUCGACGGUCUUUAUAUCACAGAGCAGCCGUCUGAGGACGACAUCAAGGGCCAGUGGGACAGACUAGUCAUCAACACGCAGUCGUUCCCCAACAACUACUGGGACAAGUUUGUGAAGAGGAAGGUGAUGGAUAAAUACGGGGAGUUCUACGGCCACGACCGCAUCAGCGAGCUGCUGGGGAUGGACAAGGCCGCGCUGGACUUCAGCGACGCCCACAAGAAGAGGAAGCCCAGGAGGGACGGCUCCCUCGCUGCCGUGCUCAACUCCAUCGACGUCAAGUACCAGAUCUGGAAGCUCGGGGUUGUGUUUACAGAUAACUCCUUCCUCUACCUGGCCUGGUACAUGACCAUGUCCAUUCUAGGUCACUAUAACAACUUCUUCUUUGCUGCCCACCUGCUUGACAUCGCUAUGGGAUUUAAGACCUUGCGAACAAUCCUGUCCUCAGUCACACACAACGGAAAGCAGCUGGUGCUGACGGUCGGCCUGCUGGCGGUGGUGGUGUACCUCUACACCGUAGUGGCCUUCAACUUCUUCAGGAAGUUCUACAACAAGAGCGAGGACGGAGAGCUGCCGGACAUGAAGUGUGACGACAUGCUGACAUGCUACAUGUUCCACAUGUACGUCGGCGUCAGAGCGGGCGGAGGCAUCGGCGACCAGAUCGAGGACCCAGCGGGCGACGAGUACGAGAUCUAUCGCAUCAUCUUUGACAUCACCUUCUUCUUCUUCGUCAUCGUAAUCCUGCUGGCUAUCAUCCAGGGCUUGAUCAUUGAUGCGUUUGGAGAGUUGAGGGAUCAGCAGGAACAGGUGAAAGAAGACAUGGAGACCAAAUGCUUCAUCUGCGGAAUAGGGAACGAUUAUUUCGACACGGUGCCACAUGGCUUUGAAACGCACACGCUACAGGAGCACAACCUCGCCAACUACCUAUUCUUUGUGAUGUAUCUGAUCAACAAAGAUGAAACAGAGCACACCGGCCAGGAGUCUUACGUGUGGAAGAUGUACCAGGAGCGUUGCUGGGAGUUCUUCCCCGCAGGCGACUGCUUCCGGAAACAAUACGAGGACCAGCUCAACUGAUGGGUUCUCCUGCCUUUUGUACUGGAACGUGCCCGAGGCCCUCCAGCCCACCCUGUCUCCGCUCAGCCCUCCAACCUCUCCCACAGCUCUCAAAGCAGAGCCUCGGACGGGACGCCCACGCUCCGCUUCCAGUCCCGUUACGGUUCUGCACCCACCUUUGGAAUGCUUCGAAGACAUUGUACAUAAACCCCAUAUAAGAGUAUACGCUGUACAGUAUUUGACUGAUGGCACGCUAAGGUCUUUGGCUCCCACUUUUCUUUGCUUCACUUUAUUUACGUUGACAUCUAACGAGCAAAAAAUACAAAGAAAUAUGGAAGCGGGACCCUAAGAUGCAGAGGAGGAGAGUGAGGUGAAGGAAGAGACGUUAGAAUGAUGAGGUUCACGACUUUUUAUGUGCACAGUGCACGCUGCAUGUACGUACAGGGGUUGGACACAACGCCGCCUCCAUAACCUGCUGCGGUCCAACACAGCCGUGUGAUCAAUCUGAGCCUUUCCAAGCUUCCAUCACCAGACUUUAAGACUGUCAAACAACUCAAAGGGAACUUUUUCUUUUUUUUUCUAGCAAAUGUGAAGCAGAAAACAAAAAGGCGAGCACCUGCAGCCUCCGGACGUUGGGCAGUUGUGUGUCCACACCCUGUACAUGCCAACACUGUGCGUGAAGGGCUUCUUAUCGUUAGCAGCGUGACCUUGAUGUGGACGUGUCGCGGGUGUCGUCAGCCUAAAUAAAUACAACAAACGUCCCUCCAAUUCCUCUCACAAAACGGAUGAAUGUUAUUGUUAAUAUCGAUGGAAAUGAACGUCUGUUUAAUCUAUUUCACCCAAAAGCAGAGUCAUGUCCUGCUGCAGAAUACUAGAAGUGGACACAUAUCACACAUCAGAUUGCCCUAAAAUUUCCCCAGUAAUUCCUUCAUUUUGAUUUUACAUCCCAUGUGAUGUCUCCAUCGCUGAGACCAGACACUCAUGUUUGCUCCGUGACGACUGAGGGCGACUGGGUGGAAGCGGGGGCAGGAGGGUACAGUGCCUUACUAAGCAGGGACGAGCUAUGCAAGCUGGAGAGGGAUGUGAGGACCUGCAGCUGGCGGUGGAGGAACGCUGCAUCAGCAGGACCCAGUGGGGGGAGGGGGGGCGUGGGUGCUGCUGAGGGUAUGUCUGGGGCAACUGACCUGACGGCCACGUCGCGAUGCUGACGAGUCGCUUAGCUUCUACACUCUGCUGCAGACACACAUACUGUACACAUUCUGCCUCAUGCAAUAACAGCCGGCGCGGAGCAGAGGCCUCUGCGGCAGCGCAUCGUUGCAUCGUCCCGUCCCAUUACUGUGUUUACUGUCUAAACGCGCCUGCUCACCAAAAUAAAAGCCUCAGCCCUGUACAGAGUGGAAUAAAUGCUAGUAAAAAAACCUAAAUGAUCUAUUUAAAGUAUAGCUACCACUGCAGUAUGUUUACUUCAUUUCUCUUUUCUUACAAGUACAUUUCUUAGUAUUGAGAGGAACAGAAUUGUUUACUGUCAUUUAAUUUUUUGGUUUCGGACACAGCAGACACUCUUUUACUCUCUUUGUACAGAUCUUCCCCAACAGACUAUAUCACACGAUGCCAUUGCAUGUCUACUGUUCAGGAUGAAUGACUAUGUAUAAAAACUGCACAAAAUCUGUCACCCAUCAGUUGUUUAUUAGGAUUAUUUAAAACAAAUGAAGUAUAAUUAUGUACUCGUACUGUGGGCUUCAUUUUAUUUAAUCCCUACAUUUCCUCUACUUUGAGUAACAGGCUCUUUAGGUUUAAGCCCAAGCAAUAGCCCCGCGUGGGACGACUGACCCCCCACAUGAGCGCUUGCUUCACGUUGUCUCGUAUGUAAAUAAAACUCUGUAGGUAUUGAUUUAGUAUCUAUUUAUUUUUAUGUCCUUAUAGGAGACAAUAAAGAAACAAAGCUCCGUUGGUUCAUCACCUGAUCUUAAAGGUGCAAUAUGUGAUGCUACUGGCUCCACCACUCCACACAUGCAGGCUAACGCUCACCGCCACGUGAAUGAAGCCGACUCUGCCCUCGGCCAAACCUUUACACACAAUAGGUUUCAUGACGUCUUGUUAAAUGUGGAAUCUUUUGGAGCCUGAUGAGGAGGAGGAUGCACUUUUGUUUGUACUUUUGCGACGCAGCCGGUGGAGAACGUGAUGUUCUGCUAGUUCCUCUUAUUUCUGCUGCUACAGAGCUGAUUGCGCCUUUAGUGUUACAGUAGGUGAGGAUGCAUGUACGAGUAUGAUUACGCAAUGGAUGUAACAGUUGCAACCAAGCCGUGUGGGUGAUAUGUACUAAUGCAUUAUACCAUGCCGAUGUCAUGCCUAUGUUUUGUUUUUUUUAAUAUUGCAAUACCAGCUCACACAGUGCAGCGUCACGGCUCCUGUAAAAACAAAUACAUAUUUUCCAUAUUUACCACAGAGGAAGAAUGUUUGCCACACAAAGUGUUGUCAUGUCUACUGAUGAGGACAUAACUGUGGAAAGAGGAACUGAGUCUAUGAUGAAUCCAUGGAUUUGCAUGAUUUUGAGAAUAAAACUUUAUUUAUUAACUUGUGAA